UGUGACACUGGGGAACAAGCGACAUAAUUAUCGAUAAUUUAAAACCUGAGGUUUUAUUUAUUUUGGGCGGUGAAUGUCUAAUUAUGAUACACGUGUCGACUGAAAACGCCCAGAGGUACGAUCGUGUCAAGCGCAAGGGCGUUGCAUUUUUGUCGGGUAUAUUUAGGAGUAAGAAAUUUGUUUUUGGGAUGAAGAUCGACGAGGAGGACGAGAUGGAUAGACCAAGGGUGGAGGCUCCUGCUAUUGUCUCAACAAAUUGUCGUCGCAAUGUCGGUGUUCAAGGGGAUAAUGAGAAUUCAGUAUCAAGUAGAAUUCCAUCUAGUCUGAGUGUGGCAGCUGUCGAUGUAGUGGUAGCACCAGCGGUAUGUCAGCCCUCACCUUCCCAUUCAAUUCUCACCCUAACACCAGGCAGAACACGUAACAUAGAUCAGGAUAUGGAGGCGUUGCGUUUGAGUCGCCAGGACAAUCCAUUCUUGCAGGUUUUAGCUAGUCGUGAGAGUUUGGUGGAGUCAAUUGAGGAGUCAGAGUCGGACGAUGCUAUUUUAAUGUCUCAGGAACUGGGGGAUACCGAUCCACUGACCCUGGCCCAAGUGCACGAGCACCUUGUGCGCAGCCCACCACCCGCCUCAUGGCCUCACACGCCAGCCUUUCCAUUCAAUAAUACUACCCCCAUCGCUUCCGGGAAUAACACGGAUCUCAUUGCACGCUACAAGUACAACAGCAUUCCCUCGAACAGCGGCUGCUGCAGGGAUCGAGCCACGGAUACCAGUGAACUCUCCAAGAGUGAGCCAUCCACCGAUUCCAGAGAUCGCCACACGCAUUCGUUUUCCCUCUUGAAUCCGACGCCGAUUCGAACUCUUUCGGAAGUCCGGCGAUUGCACAGAUCCGCCGACGAUAAUGUCCAACUGAUGUCGUCGGAAUAGUCAAUAAAAAGCUGUUUUAUAAAU